AUGACACAGUUCCAGCCAGUCAACCCAAAACCAUUCCUUCAGCUGCAAACAGGCAAGCCUGUCCUAGUGCGCUUGAAGUGGGGCAUGGAGUACAAAGGUUUCCUCGUCAGCACAGAUAGCUACAUGAACUUACAACUGGCCAACACCGAAGAGUUGCAGGAGGGCAAAUCUAACGGUAUGCUCGGCGAAGUCUUCAUUCGUUGUAACAAUGUUCUUUAUUUGAGAGAGUUGCCGGAUGAAUCGGCAUGA